UUUACUUAAUUAAUAAUUAUUAUUAAUAUUGUUAUUAUUUUUAUUACAAUUUAAUAUUUAUUUAUUGACGAUUAAUGAUUAUUGUGUUUGACGAAAUUUUACUAGUAUUUGAUCGAUCCAUUUAUAUUAUGACAACUCUUAAUUAAAUUGUAAAAUAUCGUGCGUUGUAGGAUUUGACAAUGCCAUGUUGUUUGUACUCGAUUUUGAUAAAGUCGAAAAAUGCAAAACAAUGACAAAAAUAAAGAGACGAACACAAUCUUGAACAGCAUUUGUGAAGUUAAAAUUGACGGAAAAAUGGCUUUGGUAAGCUUGUACGACGAUCUACCACACUUUGAAUAUGACGAAACCAUUGACAGACUGAAAGAAACCAAUAUUAAAUAUCAAAAUUAUAUACUAGAGUUGAAUCAAAGAAUUAAAUGUUUGGAAGAUGAAAAAUCUAAUUUGAAAUCUGUCAAUAUGGUGUUGUCUAAAAAUAUUACUUCAUUGUACAAAACUGCAUUUAGUGAAAUUCAAAGAAAAGAUAAGAUCAUCAACGAUUUACGUGCAAGAAAUGUACCAUCGUUUAUGCAUUCUUCAAAGCACACAUAUCAAUCAAACUUAGCAGCGGUAGGAAGUAGUUCUAAUAAACCUUCUCUACCAGAAAUUACUAACAAACCCGAUGUUUUAGAUCAUAAUGAAAAUCUAUAUUCAUCUAAUGUUGUUAUUCAGCCAAACCAAAAUGUGCCAAAAACUAUUUUUUCUCAAAGAAUGUACCAAAAAUUAACUAAAACAAAUGAAAUUGCCCAAGAAAGUACCACUACUGCUAUUUUUAACUUCAAAGACGAUAUUGGAAAAAACAAAGACAAUAUCGUACAACACAAUACGCCAGAAGAUGUAGCAGCAUCCUCAAAUAAAAAUAUAUCAAUAGAAGAUCCGAAUUCAACUUUGGUAAUCUGUGACUCUGAUUUAACACAAAGCGAUUGUGAGAACGAGUUGCCUUCAGCAAAUCUAAGUACGUCUUCAUUAAAAGACAAAGAAAAUGUACUAUUGGGUUCGAUUUUUUCAAAAUUGAAACAACCCAUUAAAUCUAAGAAGCGAAUGGUAAUAGCUCCAGCAACUAUUGGAGUGAAUAACUUGAGCAAACCAAUAAAUUCAUCAAAAAUAGAACAAUUGUCUUCCAAAGCCAUCAAAAACACUCUACCUAAGAGUGCUUCGAUUGUAGAAGACAACAAAAAUAUCCAACAAUCGUGUGUUGUAAAAAAUACACCACAUUGUGGUGAAAAUAAAAACAAAUUGAACUCGACAGUUGUCAGGCCAAAGUUUUUAUCCGAUAAUAUUUGCUCGCCAAAUAUAAAAAGUGACAGUAAAUGUCAUGAACUCUUGAGAACCAAUGCAAAUAAUAACCAAUUGCCUUCCGUCAACAUCGAAGUCGAACAAGUUCCUAUUAUUCGAAAAAGGACUGUGGUGGAACGAAGUCCUCGUUCACAAGUAAUUGCGACUACACGAAAGUCAUCAAGUAUAGUUAACACCAGUCAAUCGACAUCAAAUGUCAACAUUAGUCAAUCGACAUCAAAUGUUAGACGUGUAUCUGUGAACGAAGAAAACAAAUCGAGUCCUCAUUCACAAGGAAUUGCGACUAAACGAAAGUCAUCAAGUAUAGUUAACACCAGUCAAUCCUCAUCAAAUGUUAGACAAGUGUCUGUGAAAGAAGAAAACGAAACAAUUCGUACACCACAGUCGAAAAACCAAGUAUACCAAAACGCUUCUACAAAAAUUGGGCACACUCGUAAAAGCACAUCAACAGAGUGUGACGGUCUCAAUAGCUCUAAGAAACCUACACCCGUAAAAUAUUCCUACAAUAGUCCUGUCAUCCGGACGUCUGUUGGAAACAAUGAUAAAAUAACGGCAAUUCCAACGGAUAAAACGGACGAACCGUCAAUAAACAUUGAGGUUGAACAAGGAACAAUCUUCCAACGUUCCAAACGAAGAGUGAUCGCCCGUACGGAUUCUGAGUUGACCGAACAUAACCAAGAACUGAAAAAAGGGAGACGAGUAAAAUUAAUCACUAUUCAAGACCAUUGUUCAAAACCGCUUAAGAGUUUCAAUGGUGCCAAAAAAACCGACAUUGACGUUAGUAAAAAAUCUGUGCUCAUUGAAAAAGUGGUUGAGAGCAGUAGUCAUUUUUAUGUACCUCCCGUUAAGAGAAAAAGACCCAUAAACUUUAGCAGCGCUGACCUCUGAUUGUAUAGUUAACCAAUUUAUUUUAUUUAUAGAUUUUAACAACAUGUCUUUGUUAGUUAAAAUAUAUUAACAAAUUUAUUGAUUACAUUUUUUAUGGUUUUUCUGAUGGGUACACCAGUUAUAAACAAAAUGUAUUAUAG